AUGAAGUGCAGAAAGAUGCUGGAGGACCUAACCGUCCGACUCCCCUUGAUGGAUGCGAUCCAGAUGAUGCCCUCCAUGCGCAGCUUUAUGAAGGGAAUGAUCUCAGGAAAAAUAUCAGAGGAGAGCGAAUUCAUGACUGUCUCUAAGGAGUGCAGCGUCGUGCUUCAGAACAGCGUAAACCUCAUGCCCUAUUAUGUAGCACGACGUCUGGGAUACACGCAUUUCAAACCAACUAAGAUGUCCUUGGUGUUCGCGGAUAGAUCAGUUAAGUCCCCGGUUGACUUCGUAGUUCUAGAGCUGGAAGAGGAAUCCAAAGAUCCUCUCAUCCUAGGAAGACUGUUCCUAUGUACUGUUGGAGCCAUCAUUGAUGUGCGGAAAGGGAAGAUUUAUCUCAAUCUGGGGGACAUAGUCAUUCAGUUCGAGAUGGAUGAGCUGCUGAAGAAGCCAAUGCUGGAUGGACAAACCUUCGAGGUGGAUGAAGGGAUUGAUCCGCUGCAACCUCACGACGGGAUGAUCGAGGAGAUUCUUACAGAAGAUCCACUUAAGCUUGCACUAGUAAGAGCUGAGGCCGAGCACAGUGUCGAGAACAUUGACGCAGACGGGUAUGCUAAGAUGCUUGACUCCGCAAGGAGAAUGGGAAGAAUGGUGACGAGUCUAAGUCUGGGGGAAGAAAGCAACAAGGACGAGAACACUCCAACUGGAGCGCCCCUUUACCGAACUCGCCUAUUCCGCCAAACCUACCUGACGAUCCCUGGAGCGAGUUAA